GGACAAAAACGAAGUACUUUGUUUCAGCUUGUUAUUUUAUUGUUUUCAGCUUUAUCAUAUUCACUGCAUACUUUCAAGCUUUGUUAAGGUGUUUUUUGUGUGAUAAACAACCAUCUGCCGCUUGCCACCUGUCAGCAGUGUUUCUGGGUGGGACUCCUAGGUUCCCCAGAUGGGACAUGUCAUCGUGACGUCCAUCAGCUUAAUUUGGGUCUUGCUGACCAUUGUGGCGACCCUGUCGGUCUUCUCUGCUCUGUUCAGCCCAAAAUGGCUCAUCGGACCUCAGAGGAUCGUUUCUGAGAACGGCGUGCCUGUGGCGACUAACACACCGACUGUGGGCGUGUUCAACAGGUGCACAAGGUUGAACCAUACAAAAAACUGCGCAGUAUUCGCCAUCGAUGGACUUUCAACGGAUUCCAACGUCUUUCCGACCAUGUGGAAGCUGUCACUUGUGUUUUUCACCCUGGGCCUCACCGUCAUGGCCUUCACUGCUAUGGCUGCCCUCCUUAGCUGCUGUAUCCAAAGUGUCUACAAGAAGAGCAUCUUCACCGUCACCGGAAGCGUUCAGGCACUCGCAGGGCUUUUUUACGUUCUUGGAAUCGUGAUGUACGCUGCUGGAUGGGGAAGCAACAGAGUGAUCAGGCUGUGUGGCGCAGAGGCGCAACCUUUUUACCUUGGGGACUGUUCAAUUGGCUGGUCCAUCUACCUAGCGGUGUUUGGUAUACUCUUAACACUUCUAACAGCAAGCAUCUCUGUUUAUGCAGAGAAGACUACAUCAAGUGACAAAGUUUGCAGACAUGUCGAGAAAGGGGAUACCCUCGUCUGUUUGCUCUAGACAAGGAAUUUGUUGUUUGCCGGCAAGUCAUGUUGGUUUUUGAGGUGAAGGCCGUUUGUGAUCGCCAAAGGCUUGAGCUCCUUUUCGAUGUCUCUCAGUCCCCAUGAGGGGUCCCUUUCUCGCAGCAUCUUGUCAAAGUUUACAUUGCUCUCGGGUGUAAUCUGCCCAUUUACCGCAUAAGGGCCAUAUGUAAACAAAUAACCACCAGGUUUCAAGAGGUAGCUGCUUCCCUUGAAAAGGCCUGUAAAUAAACGAUAUAUUAACCAAAGGAUAUUUUUUAAAUUUACGCUUAUGUACAUUAUAAUUAUUUAUAUAUUAUCUUUUUUUAACUGUAGUUAAAUGUAAUUAAUUUUUAAUUUAUUAUAAUUAUUUACAUACUAUUAAUUUUAUGUUUUAAAAAUAAUUGCAUUGUAUUCUUGAAUAUUCCCAAUGAACUUAUGAUAUUUCAUCAAUUACACCUUGAUCCAUGUUUAUGAUAUAUAUCAAUAAUAAUGAUGAAUUUCCUAGAAACAUUAUGCUAUCAAAAUUUAAGAAAAAAUAUAAAUUUUAGCGGAAUGCUUGCUCUCAUUAUAAAUUUUAAUCUGAGACUUUAAGAACUAAGUGUAUUUUAUGCAUUUUAUUGUAAGUGAAUAUGACCAAAUGUUGCUAUUUUAUUAUAGCUGCUAGAUGCAUGAAAUAAAUAUAUUUCACUUAGUGUUUUA